GCCUAAUGUGUAGGCCUGUGAGGGGCGGGGCCCGAUUGCAGCGUGCAGCGUUCCACUCUGUAAUCCGCACAGCGUCCUGUCACCGAAUGAGAGCGCGGCUCCAGGCAUUGGCAAUCUACUCCAGUAUGUUGGCCUCAAGUAUAGCAUCAUUUUGACAGGCUUUGAAGGUGCUUGUCUUCAUAUUUUGGGUUGCCAUAUGUUUUCAGAUCAGACUUGUUUUAAGCAUGUUUCUUCUAAGGACUUUACAUCUGAGAUGUAAUCCAUCUAGUAUAAUCUCCAUUUCCACAUUUUCAUUACGAGCCUGUACGCAUCAGAGAAAAUGCCUUAUUUUACCAAAAUAUGAAAGCCAGAUUUUAGUAGCUAAUGGACAAAAGCGUUGGCUUCAUUCAUCCCCUGGGCAAGAUUCUUCACAGCAUAAGGAAAACCUUAGCGCUUCCUCUCCUAAGGAUGAGGGUCCACCCAGCAGUAAGGAAGUACUGACCAUAAAAGAUCAUCCAGAUACAGCUUUGGAGGAGACAGAUCCACUGCAGGAUAAAUCCAUAGGCCUGGUCCAGAGAUUUAAAAAAACUUUUAAACAAUAUGGGAAAGUUAUGCUUACAGUCCAUGUACUGACAUCCAGCGUCUGGCUUGGAACAUUCUACUAUGCAGCUAUACUAGGUAUUAACGUGGUUCCAUUCUUGGAGUUUGUUGGCUUGCCUGAAAGCAUAGUUGGCAUUCUUAAGAACUCGGAGAGUGGCAAUGUGCUCACAGCCUAUGCCUUGUACAAGAUUGCAACACCUAUACGUUAUACUGUAACAUUGGGAGGGACUUCCAUUAGUGUGAAAUAUCUCCGAAAAUAUGGCUACUUGACUACCCCACCGUUGGUUAAAGACUAUAUACAAGACAGAAUGGAGGAGACAAAAGAACGAAUCACAGAGAAGAUGGAAGUAACCAGGGAUAUGAUCUCUGAAAAAAUGGAAGAAACAAAAGAUAGACUUUCUGAGAGAAUACAGGAAACCAAAGACAGCUUAUCAUUUAGAAAGAAGAGAGAAGAGUAAUCUAAAAUAGUCACAUGAUACAUUCACAGCUUUACUAAAUAUUACCACAACUCUCUGCAAAAAUAACUUCUUUUUUAAAAAAAAAACAGGCUUGGAAAUGUUAUAUUAUUGAUGUCAACUCAUCAAUAUAUUGUUUUGUCUGCACUCAUCAAAUAUAUUCGAACACUGUUUUUGUUGUCCAUUGGUUUUUAUGUAAUGUCAGCAUGUUUUAGUACACAUUAGCUGUUAAAUGUAAUGUUAACAUAAAUGUUUGAUUAUCCUGAUCUAAAACAUGGUUGACAAACAUCUAAGAUCUCCUUCAUAUACCAUUACAUUGGGCAGGUAUCCCAUCAUUGCUUUAAGUGUGACUGCCAGUUACUGGCCAUACGAGAUAAAAAUCAUAGGUACGAUUCUAUGAAGUCAAUCCUUCAACCUGAAAAAAUGUAUAUUAACGCCGCAAGGAAAGUAUUGAUUUGUUAGAAUUUAGUGGGGUUUUCUACCAGGUCUGAUUAUUCCUCUUGAUAAAAAAAAUAAUUUGAAGAUUGAAUCCUUCAUUUGGUACUUUUGAUUUUUGAUAAAAAUCGUUAUUUAGAUUUUUACAUGGCUGACAUCAAACACCACCUUUCAAAUUAAUAAGUCUGCUGUCUUUGAUAUCAUCACGAAUAAUGUACAAUAAAAUAAAAUUAAGAUGUGCAGAGUUCUGUAACUGAGCAAUGUUCACGAUACAGUAAUGGUUUCUUAUUGGUUACUGCAUUUUUCACAUUACUAUCUGUUAAAGAACCCAAAUAAAUAGUUAAACAUGC